AUGGGAACAACGAGCCCAGUACCACAAACAACCACUGCAGCCACUCCUAGUACAGGUGGAACAUCUUCUACUUCCAAUGUAGCCUCCACAACUACCCAGAUAACAGAAUCCCCCACAACCUCAGUCCUUGUAACAUCAUCCUCCACUGCUCCAGGCACAAGCCCAACUACAGCCAGCACAUCCCCUCUUCUGAGCACAUCUGAGGAGAUCAUUUCCACAACUUUGGCAACUUCUACACCCAUUUCCUCUUUUCCAGAGACAAGCAGUGCUACCAACACUGGUGCAUCCACUCUGGGGGAAAGCACUGUGAUCGCCACAACCACCAUGCUGGAAACCUCCACCAGUGUUUCACAGGAAACCCUCCACAACGACCCAGAUAAAAGAAUCCCCCACAACCGCAGUCCUUGUAACCUCAUCCUCCACUGCUCCAGGCACAAGCCCAACUACAGCCACCACAUCCCCUCUUCUGAGCACAUCCGAGGAGAUCAUUUCCACAACUUUGGCAACUUCUACACCCAUUUCCUCUUUUCCAGCAACCUCCAGUGCUACUGCCUCCACAACUACCCAGAUAAAAGAAUCCCCCACAACCGCAGUCCUUGUAACAUCAUCCUCCACUGCUCCAGGCACAAGCCCAACUACAGCCACCGCAUCUCCUCUUCUGAGCACAUCCGAGGAGAUCAUUUCCACAACUUUGAGACAACCACUGCUACCAACACUGGUGCAUCCACUCUGGAGGAAAGCACUGUGAUCGCCACAACCACCAUGCUGGAAAUCUCCACCAGUGUUUCCCAGGAAACGUCUAAGCCUGACACUGCAGCUUUACUCUCUUCGACACAAGCACAAACCACUGCUAUAGAGAAAACGUCCACCCUGCUCUCCAGCAGCAUGGGAACAACGAGCCCUGUACCAAAAACAACCACUGCAGCCACUCCUACAACCUCCAGUGCUACUGGUGCAUCCACUCUGGAGGAAAGCACUGUGAUCGCCACAACCACCAUGCUGGAAACCUCCACCAGCGUUUCCCAGGAAACCCUCCACAACUACCCAGAUAAAAGAAUCCCCCACAACCGCAGUCCUUGUAACAUCAUCCUUUACCGCUCCAGGCACAAGCCCAACUACAGCCAGCACAUCCCCUCUGCUGAACACAUCCGAGGAGAUCAUUUCCACAACUUUGGCAACUUCUACACCCAUUUCCUCUUUUCCAGAGACAACCAGUGCUACCAACACUGCAGCAUGGGAACAACAAGCCCAGCAGCUCAACCAACCACUGCAGUCACUCCUAGCACAAGUAGAACAUCUUCUGCUCCCGCUGUCACCUCGACAGCUACACAGUACAGGUGGAACAUCUUCUACUUCCAAUGUAGCCUCCACAACUACCCAGAUAAAAGAAUCCCCCACAACCGCAGUCCUUGUAACAUCAUCCUCCACUGCUCCAGGCACAAGCCCAACUACAGCCACCACAUCCCCUCUUCUGAGCACAUCCGAGGAGAUCAUUUCCACAACUUUGGCAACUUCUACACCCAUUUCCUCUUUUCCAGCAACCUCCAGUGCUACUGCCUCCACAACUACCCAGAUAAAAGAAUCCCCCACAACCGCAGUCCUUGUAACAUCAUCCUUUACCGCUCCAGGCACAAGCCCAGCUACAGCCAGCACAUCCCCUCUGCUGAACACAUCCGAGGAGAUCAUUUCCACAACUUUGAGACAACCAGUGCUACUGGUGCAUCCACUCUGGAGGAAAGCACUGUGAUCGCCACAACCACCAUGCUGGAAACCUCCACCAGUGUUUCCCAGGAAACGUCUCCCCUCCACAACUACCCAGAUAAAAGAAUCCCCCUCAACCGCAGUCCUUGUAACAUCAUCCUCCACUGCUCCAGGCACAAGCCCAACUACAGCCACCACAUCCCCUCUUCUGAGCACAUCCGAGGAGAUCAUUUCCAAAACUUUGGCAACUUCUACACCCAUUUCCUCUUUUCCAGCAACCUCCAGUGCUACUGGUGCAUCCACUCUGGAGGAAAGCACUGCACAAGCCCAGCUACAGCCAGCACAUCCCCUCUGCUGAACACAUCCGAGGAGAUCAUUUCCACAACUUUGGCAACUUCUACACCCAUUUCCUCUUUUCCAGAGACAACCAGUGCUACCAACACUGGUGCAUCCACUCUGGAGGAAAGCACUGUGAUCGCCCCAACCACCAUGCUGGAAACCUCCACCAGCACAAGCCCAACUACAGCCACCACAUCCCCUCUUCUGAGCACAUCCGAGGAGAUCAUUUCCACAACUUUGGCAACUUCUACACCCAUUUCCUCUUUUCCAGCAACCUCCAGUGCUACUGGUGCAUCCACUCUGGAGGAAAGCACUGUGAUCGCCACAACCACCAUGCUGGAAAACUCCACCAGCGUUUCUCAGGAAACCCUCCACAACUACCCAGAUAAAAGAAUCCCCCUCAACCGCAGUCCUUGUAACAUCAUCCUCCAUUGCUCCAGGCACAAGCCCAACUACAACCACCACAUCCCCUCUUCUGAACACAUCCGAGGAGAUCAUUUCCACAACUUUGGCAACUUCUACACCCAUUUCCUCUUUUCCAGCAACCUCCAGUGCUACCAACACUGCUUUACUCUCUUCGACACAAGGACAAACCUCUGCUUUAGAAACAACCUCCUCCCUGCUCUCAAGCAGCAUGGGAACAACGAGCCCUGUACCAAGAACAACCACUGCAUCCACUCCAAGUACAAGUGGAACAUCUUCUACUUCCAAUGUAGCCUCCACAACUACCCAGAUAACAGAAUCCCCCACAUCCGCAGUCCUUGUAACAUCAUCCUCCACCGCUCCAGGCGCAAGCCCAACUACAACCACCAAAUCCCCUUUUCUGAGCACAUCCGAGGAGAUCAUUUCCACAACUUUGCCUCCACAACUACCCAGAUAAAAGAAUCCCCCACAACCGCAGUCCUUGUAACAUCAUCCUCCACUGCUCCAGGCACAAGCCCAACUACAGCCACCACAUCCCCUCUUCUGAGCACAUCCGAGGAGAUCAUUUCCACAACUUUGCAUGGGAACAACGAGCCCAGCAGCUCAAACAACCACUGGAGUCAGUCCUACCACAGGCACAAGCCCAACUACAGCCACCACAUCCCCUCUUCUGAGCACAUCCGAGGAGAUCAUUUCCACAACUUUGGCAACUUCUACACCCAGUUCCUCUCUGUCAGCAACCACCACUGCUACCAACACUGGUGCAUCCACUCUGGAGGAAAGCACUGUAAUCGCCACUACCACGAUGCUGGAAACCUCUACCAGUCUCUCGGCCAAGCAUGGACACCUGCACCCCUCAAGCAUUUCACCAUCAACUUCACCAUCACCAAUCUCCCCUACAAUUCUGACCUAGCCACUCUGGGAUCAGCAAAGUUCAACACUACACGGAGAGUCAUGACCACCUUGCUCGACCGGCUCCUGCAGGGAAGCAGCAUUGGCCCCGCUUUCCUGGGAUGUGAAACGACAACUUUCAGGCCCAUGACGCAAGGGGAUGGCACAAGAGUGGACGCCAUCUGCAGCUAUAGGAAAGAGCCCUUGGACCCAACCUUGGACAGGGUGGGCCUCUACCACCAAGUGAGCAACAAGACCAGAGGCAUCACUCAGCUGGGUCCCUACAGCCUGGACAAGGACAGCCUCUACGUCAAUGGUUACAAUGAACAGCCCGUCCUGCCUGCUCCCAGCCAAGCACCAACGACGCCUGCAGCCCUCGAGCAUUUCACCAUCAACUUCACCAUCACCAAUCUCCCCUACAAUUCUGACCUAGCCACUCUGGGAUCAGCAAAGUUCAACACUACACGGAGAGUCAUGACCACCUUGCUCAACCGGCUCCUGCAGGGAACCAGCAUUGGCCCCACUUUCCUUGGAUGUGAAACAAAAGCUUUCAGGCCCGUGACACAAGCUGAUGACACAGGAGUAGACGCCGUCUGCAUGUACAGGAAGGAGCCCUCAGACUUGACCCUGGACAGGGAGGGCCUCUACCACCAAGUGAGCAACAAGACCAAAGGCAUCACUCAGCUGGGUCCCUACAGCCUGGACAAGGACAGCCUCUACAUCAAUGGUUACAAUGAACAGCCAGUCCUGCCUGCUCCUAGCCGACCACCAACGACACCUGCAGCCCUCGAGCAUUUCACCAUCAACUUCACCAUCACUAAUCUCCCCUACAAUUCUGACCUAGCCACUCCGGGAUCAGCAAAGUUCAACACUACACGGAGAGUCAUGACCACCUUGCUCGACAGGCUCCUGCAGGGAAGCAGCAUUGGCCCCGAUUUCCUGGGGUGUGAAAAGACAGCUUUCAGGCCCGUGGCACAAGCUGAUGGUACAAGUGUGGACGCCGUCUGCAGCUAUAGGAAAGAGCCCUCGGACCCGAUCUUGGACAGGGUGGGCCUCUACCACCAAGUGAGCAACAAGACCAGAGGCAUCACUCAGCUGGGUCCCUACAGCCUGGACAAGGACAGCCUCUACGUCAAUGGUUACAAUGAACAGCCAGUCCUGCCUGCUCCCAGCCAUGCACCAACGACACCUGCAGCCCUCGAGCAUUUCACCAUCAACUUCACCAUCACCAAUCUCCCCUACAAUUCUGACCUAGCCACUCCGGGAUCAGCAAAUUUCAACAGUACGCAAAGAGUUAUGACCACCUUGCUCAACCGGCUCCUGCAGGGAAGCACCAUUGGCCCCUCUUUCCUUGGAUGUGAAAAGUCAACUUUCAGGACCAUGACGCAAGGGGAUGGCACAAGAGUGGAUGCUGUCUGCAGCUAUAGGAAAGAGCCCUCGGACCUGAUCUUGGACAGGGUGGGCCUCUACCACCAAGUGAGCAACAAGACCAGAGGCAUCACUCAGCUGGGUCCCUACAGCCUGGACAAGGACAGCCUCUACGUCAAUGGUGACCUAUGCUCCUCUCUGCAGCCACCCCAAGCCCGUUACAAUGAACAGCCAGUCCUGCCUGCUCCCAGCCGUGCACCAACGACACCUGCAGCCCUCGAGCAUUUCACAAUCAACUUCACCAUCACCAAUCUCCCCUACAAUUCUGACCUAGCCACUCUGGGAUCAGCAAAGUUCAACACUACACGGAGAGUCAUGACCACCUUGCUCAACCGGCUCCUGCAGGGAAGCAGCAUUGGCCCCGCUUUCCUGGAAUGUGAAAAGACAGCUUUCAGGCCCAUGACGCAAGGGGAUGGCACAAGAGUGGACGCUGUCUGCAGCUAUAGGAAAGAGCCCUCGGACCCAAUUUUGGAUAGGGUGGGCCUCUACCACCAAGUGAGCAACAAGACCAGAGGCAUCACUCAGCUGGGUCCCUACAGCCUCGACAAGGACAGCCUCUACGUCAAUGGUGACCUAUGCUCCUCUCUGCAGCCAUCCCCAGCCUGUACCAUAACCAGGCUCCAGCCACUGACCCCCUCUCAUUCUCUCUCUCUUUUUUCCCAGGUUACAAUGAACAGCCAGUCCUGCCUGGGAGCCCGACAGAUUGCCAUCAAGACCAGGGCCGUGAUGAAUGGGUGGUGCCAGGAGACCUCUGUGUUUGCCAUGCAGAGCUUUGACAUGAUGGCUCUGGCACCUUGUCACUCCAUGUAUGGGCUUCUUGCAGAUCCCAGCCAAGCACCAACGACACCUGCAGCCCUCGAGCAUUUCACCAUCAACUUCACCAUCACCAAUCUCCCCUACAAUUCUGACCUAGCCACUCUGGGAUCAGCAAAGUUCAACACUACGCGGAGAGUCAUGACCACCUUGCUUGACCAGCUUCUGCAGGGAACCAGCAUUGGCCCCACUUUCCUUGGAUGUGAAACAAAAGCUUUCAGGCCCGUGACACAGGGGAAUGACACAGUAGUGGACGCCGUCUGCACGUACAGGAAGGAGCCCUCAGACUCGACCCUGGACAGGGAGGGCCUCUACCACCAAGUGAGCAACAAGACCAGAGGCAUCACUCAGCUGGGUCCCUACAGCCUCGACAAGGACAGCCUCUAUGUCAAUGGUUACAAUGAACAGCCAGUCCUGCCUGCUCCCAGCCAUGCACCAACGACACCUGCAGCCCUCGAGCAUUUCACCAUCAACUUCACCAUCACCAAUCUCCCCUACAAUUCUGACCUAGCCACUCCGGGAUCAGCAAAGUUCAACACUACACGGAGAGUCAUGACCACCUUGCUCAACCGGCUCCUGCAGGGAAGCAGCAUUGGCCCCCAUUUCCUGGGAUGCGAAACGACAGCUUUCAGGCCCAUGAAACAAGCUGAUGGAACAAGAGUGGACGCUGUCUGCAGCUAUAGGAAAGAGCCCUCGGACCCGAUCUUGGACAGGGUGGGCCUCUACCACCAAGUGAGCAAUAAGACCAGAGGCAUCACUCAGCUGGGUCCCUACAGCCUUGACAAGGACAGCCUCUAUAUCAAUGGUUACAAUGAACAGCCAGUCCUGCCUGCUCCUAGCCGACCACCAACGACACCUGCAGCCCUCGAGCAUUUCACCAUCAACUUCACCAUCACCAAUCUCCCCUACAAUUCUGACCUAGCCACUCUGGGAUCAGCAAAGUUCAACACUACACGGAGAGUAAUGACCACCUUGCUCGACAGGCUCCUGCAGGGAAGCAGCAUUGGCCCCGACUUCCUGGGGUGUGAAAAGACAGCUUUCAGGCCCGUGGCACAAGCUGAUGGUACAAGUGUGGACGCCGUCUGCAGCUAUAGGAAAGAGCCCUUGGGCUCGACCUUGGAUAGGGUGGGCCUCUACCACCAAGUGAGCAACAAGACCAGAGGCAUCACUCAGCUGGGUCCCUACAGCCUGGACAAGGACAGCCUCUACGUCAAUGGUUACAAUGAACAGCCAGUCCUGCCUGCUCCCAGCCAUGCACCAACGACACCUGCAGCCCUCGAGCAUUUCACCAUCAACUUCACCAUCACCAAUCUCCCCUACAAUUCUGACCUAGCCACUCUGGGAUCAGCAAAGUUCAACACUACGCGGAGAGUCAUGACCACCUUGCUCAACCGGCUCCUGCAGGGAAGCAGCAUUGGCCCCGAUUUCCUUAGAUGUGAAAAGACAACUUUCAGGCCCGUGGCACAAGCUGAUGGCACAAGAGUGGACGCUGUCUGCAGCUAUAGGAAAGAGCCCUCAGACCCGACCUUGGACAGGGUGGGCCUCUACCACCAAGUGAGCAACAAGACCAGAGGCAUCACUCAGCUGGGUCCCUACAGCCUGGACAAGGACAGCCUCUUUGUCAAUGGUUACAAUGAGCAGCCAGUCCUGCCUGGUGAGUGCCUUCCACGAGGGUUCUGGGCUCAGAAGGCGCCAACUCCCAGCCAUGCACCAACGACACCUGCAGCCCUCGAGCAUUUCACCAUCAACUUCACCAUCACCAAUCUCCCCUACAAUUCUGACCUAGCCACUCCGGGAUCAGCAAAGUUCAACACUACACGGAGAGUCAUGACCACCUUGCUCAACCGGCUCCUGCAGGGAAGCAGCAUUGGCCCCGCUUUCCUUGGAUGUACAAAGACAGCUUUCAGGCCCAUGACGCAAGUUGAUGGCACAGGUGUGGACGCUGUCUGCACGUACAAGAAGGAUCCCUCAGACCGGACCUUGGAUAGGGUGGGCCUCUACCACCAAGUGAGCAACAAGACCAGAGGCAUCACACAGCUGGGUCCCUACAGCCUUGACAAAGACAGCCUCUACGUCAACGGUUACAAUGAACAGCCAGUCCUGCCUGCUCCCAGCCAUGCACCAACGACACCUGCUGCACUCGAGCAUUUCACCAUCAACUUCACCAUCACCAAUCUCCCCUACAAUUCUGACCUAGCCACUCCGGGAUCAGCAAAGUUCAACACUACACGGAGAGUCAUGACCACCUUGCUCGACCGGCUCCUGCAGGGAAGCAGCAUUGGCCCCGCUUACCUGGGAUGUGAAAAGACAGCUUUCAGGCCCAUGGCACAAGCUGAUGGUACAAGUGUGGACGCCGUCUGCAGCUAUAGGAGAGAGGCCUCGGACCCGAUCUUGGACAGGGUGGGCCUCUACCACCAAGUGAGCAACAAGACCAGAGGCAUCACUCAGCUGGGUCCCUACAGCCUGGACAAGGACAGCCUCUACGUCAAUGGUUACAAUGAACAGCCAGUCCUGCCUGCUCCCAGCCGUCUGCCAACGACACCUGCAGCCCUCGAGCAUUUCACCAUCAACUUCACCAUCACCAAUCUCCCCUACAAUUCUGACCUAGCCACUCUGGGAUCAGCAAAAUUCAACACUACGCGGAGAGUCAUGACCACCUUGCUCAACCGGCUCCUGCAGGGAAGCAGCAUUGGCCCCGCUUUCCUUGGAUGUGAAAAGACAACUUUCAGGCCCAUGGCACAAGCUGAUGGUACAAGUGUGGACUCCAUCUGCAGCUAUAGGAAAGAGCCCUCGGACCCGACCUUGGACACAGUGAACCUCUACCACCAAGUCAGCAACAAGACCAGAGGCAUCACUCAGCUGGGUCCCUACAGCCUCGACAAGGACAGCCUCUACGUCAAUGGUUACAAUGAACAACCAGACCUGCCUGCUCCUAGCCAUGCACCAACGACACCUGCAGCCCUCGAGCAUUUCACCAUCAACUUCACCAUCACCAAUCUCCCCUACAAUUCUGACCUAGCCACUCUGGGCUCAGCAAAGUUCAACACUACGCGGAGAGUCAUGACCACCUUGCUCAACCGGCUCCUGCAGGGAAGCAGCAUUGGCCCCCAUUUCCUGGGAUGUGCAAAGACAGCUUUCAGGCCCGUGGCACAAGCUGAUGGUACAAUUGUGGACGCCGUCUGCAGCUAUAGGAAAGAGCCCUCGGACUCGGCACUGGACAGGGUGGGCCUCUACCACCAAGUGAGGAACAAGACCAGAGGCAUCACUCAACUGGGUCCCUACAGCCUGGACAAGGACAGCCUCUUUGUCAAUGGUUACAAUGAACAGCCAGUCCUGCCUGCUCCCAGCCAUGCACCAACGACACCUGCAGCCCUCGAGCAUUUCACCAUCAACUUCACCAUCACCAAUCUCCCCUACAAUUCUGACCUAGCCACUCCGGGAUCAACAAAGUUCAACACUACACGGAGAGUCAUGACCACCUUGCUCAACCGGCUCCUGCAGGGAAGCAGCAUUGGCCCCGCUUUCCUUGGAUGUGAAAAGACAGCUUUCAGGCCCAUGACACAAGCAGAUGGCACAGCGGUGGAUGCCGUCUGCACCUACAGAAAGGAGCCCUCAGACCCGACCUUGGACAGGGUGGGCCUCUACCACCAAGUGAGCAACAAGACCAGAGGCAUCACUCAGCUGGGUCCCUACAGCCUCGACAAGGACAGCCUCUAUAUCAAUGCCACAGCUGCAUCUCCAAGAACUGGGAAGUUCACAGUGAAUUUCACCAUAACUAAUCUCCAGUACUCCAGUGGUCUCAGCAAUCCAUAUUCUGCCAAGUUUAAUGCUACAGCAAGAGUCUUGAUUGCUCUGUUCAAUCAGCUGUUCCAGAAGUGUAGUAUUCAUUCUGUGUAUACAGGCUGCAAAAUGAUGGCUUUCAGACCUGCACCAAAAACUGAAGGCACCGGAGUAGAUGCUAUGUGUACCUACAAAACAGAUUCUGCUGCUUCCCAGUUUGAUCGAGUGACUGUUUACCGUGAAGUGAGCAACAAGACAAAUGGCAUCACCAACUUAGGAAUCUACAGCCUUGACCAGGAAAGCCUGUAUAUUAAUGAUUACCAUGAAGCCCAUCUCUUGCCUUCAGCAUCUCCAGCUCCUCCUCCUGCAAGAGAAGGACAUUUCACAGUGAACUUCACUGCGACCAAUCUCCUCUACACAUCAGCAUUAGGAAAUCCAAAUUCCAAAAAAUUCAUUGCUGCCAAAAAGACUCUGACAUACUUGCUUGAUCGUGUGCUCAAGAACAGCAGCCUUAGCCCUGUCUAUACUGGUUGUACAGUGGUGGUACUAAGGUCUGUGAAUAACACAGAGGGCACUGCCAUGGAUGCAGUCUGCACAUACAGAGCCAACGCUACCACUACUGAAUUUGACCGAAUCAAGGUUUAUCAUGAGCUCAGCAAGAUGACAGCCAGCUGCACUGAGCUAGGACCAUAUAGGCUGGAUGCAGCAAGCUUUUAUGUUAGUGGUUAUAAUGAACUUCAGCCUGGACUGUCUGUUGAUUCAAGUACACCACCUCUGUCACCAGCAAUAAGGAAUUUCACAUUGAAUUUCACUAUAACCAACCUCCAGUUCACUGCAGAUCUGGCAAUGCCAAACUCUAAAAAAUUCAAGUCAACAGAAAAAGUCAUGUAUUAUUAUGUUGACCCUUUACUCCAAAAAAGCAGCAUUGGCCCUGCUUAUAUUGGCUGCAAAAUAAUGGCAUUCAGGCCAAAGAAGAGCAAGUAUGACACAGGAGUAGAUGCCACCUGCAGCUACAGAGAUGAGCCUUCAGAUCCCGAGUUCAACAGAGUGAUGGUUUACCAUGAGCUGAGCAAUAUGACAAAUGGCAUCACCAAGAUGGGACACUACAGCCUUAACAGCCGGAGCCUCUACAUUGAUGAUUACAAUGAGCUGCAUAGUUUGCCAUGUAAAUCCUGCUCUUAUUUUAUCUGUGUAAUUUUUGUUCUUACAGUGGCAAAGUCAACAACCACACAAAGCCCAGGACCAAUAAUAGAGCAAUUCACACUGAACUUCACAAUAACCAACCUCAGGUUCACAACAGACCUAAGGACACCAAGUUCUGCUAAAUUCAGAUCUACUGAGAAAAUAAUGCAACAUUAUAUUGAUCCCCUGCUUCAGAAGAGCAGCAUUGGUCCCUAUUUCACUGGCUGCAAAGUAACAGGAUUCAGGUCAAUGAGGAAUAGGGAUAACACAGGAGUAGACACCAUCUGCAGCUAUGGAAAUGGUUCCCAAGUGCCCAAGUUCAACCAAACUAAGGUUUACCAAGAACUAAAGAACAUGACAAAUGGCAUCACCAAAUUAGGAAUCUAUAACCUGGACAACAAGAGCCUCUAUAUCAAUGGUUACACUGAGCCACUUGAGAGAUCAUCCUUCUCCCCUUUGAUUAUAGCUCUGAGCAUAACCACUGCACUGAGACCAACAUCCAGGCUAUUCACACUGAAUUUCACCUUGACCAACCUGCAGUACACGGCAGAUCUGGAUGCACCAAGCUCCCCCAAAUUCACUUCCACAGCAAAAGUUAUCAACUAUUAUAUUGACCGUCUUUUCAAAAGCAGCAGCAUAAGCUCUGUCUACACAGGAUGUAAAGUGAUGAGAUUUAGGUCUGGGAGACACAGGGAUGACACAGGCAUAGACGCUGUCUGCAGCUACAACAACAAUGCCAGUCUUGCCACGUUUGACAGAGAAAAGGUUUAUCAUGAGCUCAGCACCAUGACAAAUGGCAUCACCAGGCUGGGGCACUACAGCCUGGAGAAGAACAGCCUGUACAUCAACGAUUUCUCCCUCACAGACACAGCUAUGGCCAGAAAGCCCAUCUUGAUUGAAGCUCCAGCCCAAUCAGGCUACAGUUUGACCUUUAAAAUAGUCAAUGAAAACCUAACUAACCCAGACUCUCAGUCUCCAGAAUACAAAGCAGCAAUGGAAAGCAUCAGUAACAAGGUGAAUCAGCUGUACCGUCAGAGCAACCUGCAAGACCAGUUCCUGAACUGCAGUAUCACAAGGCUGAGGGCUGGAUCCAUAGUGGUCGACUGCAAGUGCUUCUUCCAGUCAGCACCCAACAUCAACAGAGCUGUUGUUGAAAGGGUUUUUCAGGACAGCACUUCGAAUGCAACCGGACUAUGGCUGGGAAGCAGUUACCAGCUGCAAGGGUUCUCAGUAGACAGCUUGGAACUAGCAAUUGAGCCAGCAACUUAUGAAACACCCCUCAAGACCAAGGAAGAAAAGUUCAGAUUAAGUUUCAGAAUCUCCAACCUUCCCUACUCCCCGGAACUGCAGGACUCCAGGUCACAGAUGUACCAAGUGAACAAAGAGAAAAUUGAGAAAGAGCUUGAUGUACUCAGAACUAGCAGCCUGCAGGACUACUUUGCUGGCUGUACCCUUGAGAGCUUUGGGCCUGUCAGUGGGAAGACUUACACAAGUGUUGCCUCCAUCUGCACGCUCACACCCGACCCUUUCUCGAGAGGUUUGCAAAAGCAAGAGGUGUAUGAGGAGCUGAAACACCUGACACAUGGAUUCACCAAGCUGGGCCCCAGCUAUGAGCUUGAAGAGCAGAGUUUGGUUGUUGAGGGUUACUCUCCAGUCAAGACAGAUGAACAGCCUGAAAGAUCUGGGCUACAGUUCUGGGCAAUUAUCCUCAUCUGCAUUUCCAUCCUGUUUGGCUUCGUUCUCCUCCUCUUGUUAUGCUUCCUGAUUGUCUUUUGCCUAAGAAGAAAGUCACAUCUCUACCAGGUUCAACAAGGCAUGUACGGCGUGUACUUCCCACAUCUGAGCACAAGAAAAGUGCAUUGACAUGACAGUCGGUCUGUCCUCACAGACCUGCUUGUCCAUUGAUGAA